AUGGAUACACCAAAGAAAAAUACAGCAUCAUCAGGAAGUUGGAUAUCAUUAGAUUGUACCGGUAAAGCUACUGUUUUAGAUGUUGAUAUUACGCAUAGAGUUCAUAUUCAUGCAAGAGAUUUGCGGAUUCUGGAUCCUUUAUUAUCUUAUCCAUCUGACAUCUUAGGAAGAGAAAGCGCCAUUGUUGUUAAUUUAGAGCAUAUCAAAGCUAUAAUAACUGCAGAAGAGGUGUUGCUUCGAGAUCUAACAGAUCGUGAUAAUGUGAUUCCCAUUGUUGAGGAACUUACAAAGAGGCUGCUUCCCCGAGGCAAAGAAAAUGAAUUUCCCUUUGAGUUCCGGGCCUUAGAAGUAGCAUUGGAAGCUAUUUGUAAUUUCCUCGAUGCCCGUACAACAGAACUGAAGAUUGCUGCUUAUCCAGCAUCAGAUGAGCUGAAAUCCAAGAUUAGCAGUCGCAGCUUGGAUCGUGUUCGUAAAUUGAUCAAGAGUGAAAUGAGGGGAUUGACUGCACGCGUGAAAAAGGUUAGAGAUGAGCUUGAAAAACUUUUGAAAGAUGACGGCAACACGGCGGAUCUUUACUUAUCGAGGAAAACGGCAUCAUCAUCACCCAUCAGAGCAAGCCGCAGGGGAAGUGCUGCAGCAUUUUGUAGAGAUGAGAAUGAUGUUAAGGAGCUUAAAAUGUUGCUCGAGCCAUACUUCAUUCAAGCUGACGGAACCUUGAACAAAUUGGCCACACUACGUGAAAAAAUUGAUGUCACCAAUGAGAAUCGCAAAAAUCAGUUGAAACAGUUGAAGCUCAUCUUAGAAUGUGGCACUUUUUGCGUCGGGAUGUAUUCUGUGGUGCCUGGGAUAUUUGGCAUGAAUAUCCCGUUUAAAUGGGAUCAUGACCCAAAUGGCUUCAUGUUUAAAUGGGUGAUUAUUGUCCCAGUAGUGGUAUGUGCAUCCCUUUUCGCACUGAUUAUCUCGUAUGCGCGCCACAAGGGUCUUGGGUCUUUAUAG